CUGCAUGGCAGCAGGUUUUGCAGCCACUGUACAUGGGGCCGGGGCCGGGACCACAGUGGGGCACAAGCCUGGGUUUCGGAGCGGAGCCAGCACGGAAAGACCUGAGAAACGAAGACAGAAAGACGGUGCAGAUGAGUUAUGGCCGCCAGAGGCUCCCGUAGCACCUCAGAGCCUUGCUGGCUCCUCCAGGCACCGCCCAGCUCCCAGCCCACCCGGAAACAGCUUCGCCCCGCCCCACGUGGGCCCCCGCCCCGCGGCGGCGCAGCCUGAAGACACCUCCCGCGGUGCCCGGCGUGCUCUCCCGAUGGCCCGCUACGAGGAGGUGCGAGUGUCCGGCUUUGAGGAGUUCAGCCGGGCUGUGGAGCAGCACAAGGGCAAGAUCAUUUUCGCCUACUUCACCGGCUCUAAGGACGCCGGAGGGAAAAGCUGGUGCCCCGACUGCGUGCAAGCUGAACCAGUCGUACGAGAGGGGCUGAAGCAUGUUAGUGAAGGAUGUGUGUUCAUCUACUGCCAAGUAGGAGAAAGACCUUAUUGGAAAGAUCCAAAUAAUGACUUCAGAAAAAAUUUGAAAAUAACUGCAGUGCCUACACUACUAAAAUAUGGAACACCUCAAAAACUGGUAGAAUCUGAGUGUCUUCAGGCCAACCUUGUGGAGAUGAUGUUCUCUGAAGAUUAAGAUUUGAUUAUGGCAAUUGUGUCUUGAUUUCCUGAUUUGCUCCGGUAGUAAAAAAAAAACUGCAUACUUGUUUUGAAUUCAUGUUAGCAACAAGUAAAUAAACGAUGAUCUAAAAAAAAAUCUGGUAUAUGUCUAACCAAUAGAGUUCUAUUAAAAUGCUCAUGAACCCUCAGUUUGCUUGUAA